UGCAUGCGGUUGGAGUUCUGGGCCACGCGGUGGGGAGGAGGAGCCUCAGAAGGAGGAGGUGGGGGACCCGAUUGGAUGUAUGGGAGGCGGUGGCGGAAGUGGCGCGCGGUCCUCACACUGGCCCUGGAAAUUUUUUCACAUGUCUUCUGAGAAAGCAACAAUUACAGUUCGUCUCAUUCGUUCCUUUGAGCAUCGCAAUUUCAAACCACUUGUUUACCAUGGAGUUAAUUUGAACCAAACUGUAAAAGAAUUUAUUGUAUUCCUAAAAAAAGAUGUACCUUUAAGGGCAGGCCUCCCUCCCCCAUUCAAGAAUUAUAAGUAUGAUAAAAUGAAGAUUAUUCAUCAGGCACACAAAUCAAAGACUAAUGAACUCGUGUUGAGUUUAGAAGAUGAUGACAGACUCUUGUUAAAAGAAGACUGGACUAUGAAAGCAGCUGGAGUUGCUAAUGAAACUGAAAUUGCGUUCUUCUGUGAAGAAGAUUACAAGAACUACAAAGCUAAUCCUGUUUCAUCGUGGUGAAGACAUCUGGGGCUUUUUUUUUUUCAUUUCAUACCUAGAGUAAGCUCUUUAUUUUGCUUAGUGAGGUUUUUUUUUUUUUAACUGAGAAAUAAAUCUUAACAGAUUAAUCCAUG